UGAAAACUGCGUAAACGAGAGAGAGAAAGAGAGAAAAACAACGGUGUGACUGGUGGCGACACUGGCGACCGACGAGACUGCGUUGAUCGUAAGCAAACGCGGGGAUAGCAUAGGAGUAGGAGCCAUUAGCCUCGUCCGCUGACGACCGCUGGUUUCAGAUAGAUACGGUCGCACGAUCAGCUGCCAUAUUCCGAGGGCCCGAGCACUUUGCCGAUAAACUAGCAGUCUCCUGUAGUUUUUAAGAAAAAUAUUAUGAGAGUGAAGAACGAAAUGGACGACGACGAAAAGGGAAAAUUGUUUGUUGGUGGUCUAUCAUGGGAAACAACCCAAGAGAACCUCCAACGUUUCUUUGGACGCUAUGGAGAAGUCAUAGAUUGUGUGGUUAUGAAAAAUAGUGAAUCAGGUCGGAGCCGUGGAUUUGGCUUUGUCACCUUCAGUGAUCCAUCCAAUGUUGGAAUUGUUCUACAAAAUGGACCUCAUCAGUUGGAUGGUCGAACGAUUGAUCCAAAACCAUGUAAUCCUCGUACGCUACAAAAACCAAAACGUAGUGGAAGUUUCCCCAAGGUAUUUCUUGGAGGUUUGCCGAGUAAUGUCACAGAGACUGAUUUGAGAUCGUUUUUUCAACGUUUUGGCAAAGUCAUGGAAGUAGUCAUCAUGUAUGAUCAAGAAAAGAAGAAAUCCAGAGGCUUUGGCUUUCUCAGCUUCGAGGAUGAAGAUGCAGUGGACCGGUGCGUUGCAGAACACUUUGUCAACUUGAAUGGAAAACAGGUUGAGAUCAAGCGCGCCGAGCCACGGGACUCGUCCAGCAAGAUGAACGAUAGCCAUCAAGGUCAGUGGGGUCCACCACAACAAGGUCCGCCAAUGGGAAUGGCUGGUAACAUGGGCCCAAUGGGUGGACCCAAUGGACAAAUGGGUGGACCGAUGAUGGGUGGACCAAUGGGUCCACCAGGAAAUAUGAUGCAACAGUACCAGGGCUGGGGAACCAGUCCUCAAACUGGUGGUUACGCGGGUUAUAGUGCCCAGUAUAAUACUCAAGGUUGGGGCGCACCACCUGGUCCACCGCAGCAACAGCAAAUCCCACCGCCUCCACCGCAUCAGUGGGGUAGCAGUUAUAAUGUCCAGCCUGCUGCAGCUAAUCAGGCUUACGGAAGCUAUGGUGGGCCGGCAGCGGCCGCUUCAGGGGGCUACGGGCCCACGGCGGGUACUGGCGGGGCUGUGGGCGGAGGACCAGGAACUUCCUGGAACACGUGGAACAUGCCACAAAAUGGCCCUCCACCCGGGCACUCGAGCCAGCCUCCACCCCAGCCCCCUCAGCCCAACUCCUCGCAGCAAAACUCCAACUCGAACCCCUCUGGUCCACAGGGUGACAUGUACUCAAGGCAGACAACUGGAUCGGGAGCGCCGGGAUCUAGUAGCAGCUCGGCAAAGACACCUGACUACGCCGGAUAUAGUUACCCCAACAACUACGCGGAUACGAGUUACCCUCAGCGCUCUUAUCAAGGUGGAGAGAGCAGCGAAGGAGGAGAGACAAUGGGAGUCGGCAUGACAGCAGCACUGAUGAACAGCGAAGUCAGCACCAGCGUCAGCAACAGUGCGGUUGAUUUCGCCGGAAUGAACAGUAAUGGGGCCAUUGGAGGUGUUGGACCGCAAAGAGCUCAUACGCUUUCCAGCAACAACAGUUAUCAUCCUUACCGGCGAUAAAAGCACGUGUUAUAACUAGCGAGAAGAAGCCGCAAGUCUUUCACUUUCACCCCUAUUAUCUACAAUCCAUUCUAACCUAGCUCACGAUCGAUAUUGCGCCUAUCUCAUUUAUCGUGAUUAAUCAUUAAUCCCUGCAUCUAUUCUACGCCAGACAACUAUAGUUGUUAAGUUGAGUAAGUAGCUUAAGCUUUAAUAUAUUUAAGUUUUCUUAAUUUAUCGUUAAUGUCAAAUAUAAGAAAUUGCUAAGCAGAUAUAUAACACUUACUAAGUGUAAUAUGCACGGCGUGCGUAUAAAUUUAUUAAAACUGGAAGUGCAAUUGUCUGUAUAAAAGAGAAGUAUAAACAACUGAUUUGCGCAAUUAUAUUAUGCAAUUUUUUAACGCGUAGAAUUAUCUCAAUAAGUAAAAAUGAAAAAAAAAAUGGAAUAAACGAUAAUAUUUUGUUACAUAUAAUGAAAGGCUUUGUUUCGGUUAAUAAUUAGUCGCAGCUCAACUCAAAUCGAAUAUUUUUCCUACUAUGAAAUAAUGCUAUGAGUAGUUGAAUAUUCCGGUAUUUAUAAUCAUCUUGGUGAUGGAGGUUAAGCUGCUUCUGGCCAUGACUUGCAGCAUCUUCUGUCAUUGGCUUUAUUGUCCAGCUACCAUCGUCAAUAAUAGUCUAUGCACCUGUUUGUAACCUAUUUCCUAGGCAAGUUACAUAUACCAGCAUUCACAUCCCUUGGGUACAAGAAAACUUUAUUCAUUAAAUUACUCUUACUCUUCAACUAUGCCUUGGUGUCCAACAUAGAACUUUAUUAAAGAAUUUUAAGAGGAUCUUCCAAUAUCAUAUAUUAAGAGUACGUCACAAUUCUUUAAAGCUAUAGAAGCAAAUGUUAA